CAACUGACAAUGCAAGAUUCCUUCUGAUGAUCACUGAAUUCCAAGCUCAGCGGUGAGGAUCGUGCUUGAAUCUACCAUCCCCCAUCAUCUCCCCUCCCUAUUCCACGCUGAAUUUGCCAGUCCUUCAUUCCCUUACCUUUACGCAACCUCCUCACCCCGUUAUCCCGCGACCGCAACCGACGUCUCCUCCGCACAACUGUCUUCCAACCCAGUAUACGCUGAAAUCUGAAGAGGGGGUCAAGCUCGUUAUGUCCCGAGAUGCCUCUGCUACAAUCCCUCCACGUGCUGCAGGAGCAGGAGGGACUCUAGCGCCCGAGGCAGUGACAGAAUUCUUGCUCAAACCGUUCUCGGAACCUGUGUUGUCCAAUCUACUCUCAGCAUACGGUAAACUGCCCGCUGAAGAUCGGCCACGAUAUCCCGACGUGUCCUCCUUUCUGACCUGUAUGGCUUCGGACAAAUCCUCUGCAAUGUCCACAUCCACAGGCAAUGAUCUCAGCUAUCCAAUGUCCUCCUACUUUAUCAGUUCAAGUCACAACACCUACCUCUCAGGCCACCAGCUCUAUGGAGAGGCAAGUGUGGAAGCAUAUACAAAUGUCCUGAAACGGGGUUGUAGGUGCUUGGAAAUUGAUGUUUGGGAUGGUGACGAUUCAGACACUAGCAGCUCCGACGAAGAUGACGAGCAAGUCAUUGGAUCAAGUGGCAGAGGAAUAGACAGAUCCAACUCGAAAGCAUCUCGCUGGAAUAGGGUCAAAGCUCGUGCGGCAAGGAUGAGGUCCCGUUCUCGCUCAGGAUCUUUGGCAGACGCUUCGAAAGUACCAGCUGCAAGAGAUGCUGACGCUCCUAGCCCACAACAAGUACCAGCCGAGAAGGAUACUCCAAGUCGGCAGUCUGAACCGUUAGCUCAACAUAAAAAGUAUCUUUCACCUCAGCCAUCACCUGCACUUCCGCCAAAGGUCGAGCCGCGCGUGCUUCACGGUUACACACUCACUCAAUCAGUUACCUUUCGCUCUGUGUGCCACGCCAUCAAGAGCUUCGCAUUCGUAAGCACGGAUCUUCCCUUGAUCGUGUCACUGGAAGUACAUGCUUCACUCUCGCAGCAGGAAGUAAUGGUUGAGAUUAUGAAGGAGGUAUGGUCUGGUUUUCUGGUUGACCUCACCAAUGUGCCCCAAGAUCUGAUUCUUCCAUCGCCUCAAGCGCUUAAGAAGAAAAUUUUGAUCAAGGUCAAAUGGACACCAAACACUGAAACUGGAGAGUCCAACAACCCGCUCGAACAAGUCAACUCACCUUCCACAGACGGAAUUACAGAGGAUGGUAAUUUUACCUCGCCAGAGAAGAACAAAAAGGCGUCCAAAGUUCUCACAGCAUUAUCUGAACUCGGUGUCUAUACUCGAGCCUACACAUUCAAGCAUUUCUCACAACCCGAGGCCUCAAUCCCAACGCACGUUUUCAGCUUGUCAGAAAGCAAGAUGCAUUCUAUGCAUGCGGAUCCCGUACAUGGCCCGGCCCUAUUCGAUCACAACAAGAAUUUCCUUUUGCGAGUGUUCCCUAAAGGGACGCGGAUCAACAGCUCCAACGUUGAUCCGACAUUUCAUUGGCGCCAAGGGGCACAAAUGGUGGCUCUGAAUUGGCAGAAAAUCGACAAGGGAAUGAUGCUGAACGAAGGUAUGUUUGCUUCAACAGGGGGGUGGGUACUCAAGCCGGAAGGUUAUCGCUGCACAGAGAGCAGCAAAUCCUCGAAGAGCAUGGUUGUGCCCCAAAAGCAACGUCUCAACCUUGAGAUCACAUUCCUGGCAGGACAAAGGAUACCAGUUGCCCCCGACAAGGAUGCCGCCCACGCCUCGAAAAUCAAGCCCUACGUCAAAGUCCAACUUCAUGUGGAGAGCCUGGGCCCGCCCGGUCAAGGCAAGAACUCCAAUGCUCAUCCUACUUCGCACGCCCAGACAAACACAUACGGCCCUGAGGAAAUCGACCAAGACAUGUAUAAAUGGACUUCAUCCACAUAUCGAACAGAUAGUCCAGAUUUCGGCAGUGAAAGGCUCACGUGGCAGAACGUGCCUGACGUUGUUGACGAGCUGAGCUUCCUCCGACUCAAGGUCAAGGACGACCGUUCAAUCGGCAGGGAUACCUUGCUUGCUUGGGCAUGCAUUCGACUUGACCGCCUACAGUCUGGUUAUCGUUUCAUUCACCUGCUCAACUCGGCAGGCUUGCCGUCAGCAGGAGCAUUGCUCGUGCAUGUCUCGAAACGCCUUGACUGAUAGUAUGCAUCUCGAACCGAGCUCUAGGUGGCACCUCCUCAUGCCACGUCGACGUGUUUCUCCUCAACCCCGAAAUUUCGUCAUGGACUUCCCACCCCUGACCAGAUGUGCGGUGGAGGAAUUUAGUCUUCCGAAUACGGGUGAUUUGUGAAGAAAUCUAGGCCAGCGAAUGGAACCUCGAAGGGGACGACUUUGCAGCAACGGAGCUCACAUAUGCGGACCUCCUGGAUCGGGAGACUCUACCAGCCGUGACCGUCAACCCAUAUAUGCUGUGGUUGCGGAAAAGGUUCCGGAAUUUUCUGCCUGGUUGCAGUUUCCGUGCCUACUUAUCUGCCACAAGGUAUGAGCAGAAGACACCAGAUUCUACGGUCAUCAACGCGGAGAUCCCGAAUGAGUCGGUGGCUGUGGCACCUUGUAUCGGAAUUCUGCUGGUCAGUUGUUACCGUGCAGGGCCGUGGAUCCGUUGAACGCUGUCGUCGGGAAACAUGUUCAGCCCAGUGAAGCGACCAAUGCUGCAAAGUGCAGUCUUGCCGCGCUACCAAUUCAACCUCUGAAAUUUCAUUGACAUCUCUGAUCGAUAAAGCCAGACCGUGGCUUCUGUACACGCUCCACCUCUGCUGUCACGACGGGCUCAGAAAUUGAAGCCCUGUGUUUGACAUGAUUGUGAAUCCUCUCUUCGCCCUGACAGGAGAUGAGGUCCGGCGCAUCAAUUGAUUGUGAUGUCGGAGAAACAUCUUCUUCGUUUCACAGCUGAGAAUCGUGACCGGCCAGCGACACACCGAUCUCCUUGUGGAACACAGUCUGCACGAUCAUGAUAGCCUAAAGUCAAAUCGACCGUGGGGGUGUCGCUAUACGUGGCGCGCCUCAUUAGGUAGAGUGCUCCAGCCAGGUGAAUAUACUACUUACAUUGGAC